CAUUCCACUUCCUGGAUCGUAGUGAGUCCUUAUCACACCAGCAGUACAAUAACACAGCACAAUGGCUGGCCAGACCACGGUGUUGUUGUUUUGUCUCUGUGAACUUGUCUACGUAACGAAUAUUGCCUUUGCUUAUGACAACAUUGCUUUAGGAAAAACUGCACAGCAGCUGUAUUCUUAUAAUUCUAAUUAUUGGGGAGCGGAUCGAGCAGUGGACGGACAUAAAUCAGACUUUUCUGCUGGAGGAGAACAAUGCACGAUAUCCACCAAUGUAGCACAAACAGCGAAGUGGUGGGUGGAUCUAGGAGGUGUCCUAAGUAUACAUUACAUAACCAUAUACUACAGGACGGACAAUGCAGCCUGGGAUUCCAACAAUGGUUACACCGCUCGAUUCCUUGGUUUUUCGGUAUACAUAUCGAACACAACCAGCAAAGAUAACGGGGUACUGUGUUUUAAAGACACGAUGUACACCAGAGCCACAAUACCGAAUACGACAACCAUAAUAUGUGCUAGUCACGGAAGUUACGUCAUUUAUUACAACGAGAGACUACAGAAUGUCACUUAUCCUGAUGGAUAUUCUCAGUACGCAUACAACGAACUCUGUGAAGUGGAAGUUUACGGUUGCUCAAGUCCAGCCGUUUAUGGAGAGAACUGCGAUAGACAAUGUCCCCAGAACUGUCAGGAGAGACACUGUGACAUCGUGACCGGAACCUGUCUGGGGUGUAUUCCGGGAUACAAGGGGUCUUCCUGUGAUCAGCCCUGUGAUAAUAAGAAAUAUGGCCUGGAGUGUAACCAGAACUGUGGUAACUGUAGCAAUGGGGUACAGUGCAAUCACGUGAACGGAAGUUGUUCAAACGGAUGUGACGCCGGAGCUCAAGGCGACAAAUGUGAUGAAGAAUGUCCUUAUGGAUGGCAUGGGAAGAAUUGUGCUACACAGUGCAAUCCAAAUUGUAGAGGUUGUAAUAGAUUUAAUGGCAGGUGCGAGUAUGGUUGUCGUCCGGGAUGGAAAGGGCCAUUAUGCGAGAAAGAAUGUGACGGGAGAAUGUAUGGAGAUAAUUGUACAGAACGCUGCGGCCAAUGUCUGAAUUUAGAACAGUGUCAUCACAUUAACGGAACAUGUUUAAAGGGAUGUAACAGCGGAUAUCAAGGCGGAAAAUGUACUGAAGAUUGUCCAGAAGGUCGCUAUGGUUACGACUGCCAAGAGAGAUGUAACAUCAACUGUGGAGUCUCUGAGAGAUGUGACAGAGUAACAGGGCAGUGUCAGAAUGGUUGUCAGGCGGGGUGGAAAAAUCAGAAAUGUGAUUCAAAAUGUGAUAGUAAAACAUUUGGACAAGACUGCACUGAAUCAUGUGGAGUUUGCCUGGGUAACGAACAGUGUCAUCACGUAAAUGGCACGUGCACAAAAGGUUGUGACAGGGGUUACGAAGGAAUCGAUUGUACACAAGAAUGCGGCUGGAAGUCCUUUGGUUAUAACUGCAAUGGAACGUGCCCUGUGAGUUGCUUCAAUCAAACAUGUGACACUGUAACUGGAUUAUGCCCAAAGGUUCAGAAACAAGAAGAUGAAAAUUCCUUCGACAGCGCUCCGAUUAUAGGUGGAGUCGCGGCGGCUGUCAUUCUUUGCCUCGUUGUUGUCGUAGUUCUUGUCGUGUUCAGAAGAAUGAGAUCGACUAAAUCAAGAACUGAUCCACCUGUUCAAGCGAGACCUCCAACGGAAACAGCGGAAAAUUUAUAUCAGAACAACGACAAAGUAGGUCAAACUUUCACCAACAUCUACGAGAAUCUGGAUCCAAAAGAUAAGCUCAUCUCAAAACCGGAAAGGAAAUCAACUCCUGUCACAAACGCGAAGAAAUACGAAACCAAGGCUGAUUACGACACAGAUGACGAAGGCGUAGAGAAUCCCUAUGGUGAUCUGUACAUAAAUGAAGAAACCAUUGCCGAUGUUCCCGUCAGUCAGCUAGAGAGCGUUAUUGCCGAAAAAAAGAAAGAUGAAGAGGAUGGAUUUAAAAGAGAAUAUGCUAUGUUGCCGUACGGGGAACAACACCAGUGUGAUGCCGGAAAGCGACCCGAAAACGUGCCGAGAAACAGAUUUAAAACCACUUUCCCGUAUGAUCAUUCCAGAGUCAUUUUAAAUGGAGAUAAUGGAACAUCGUCUGACUAUAUCAACGCCAAUUACAUCAAUGGAACAGACGAAGAGAAUGAAUACAUAGCUUCACAAGGACCGAAACAAAACACCCUGGUGGAUUUCUGGGCGAUGAUAUGGCAGGACAAUGUUAGUCAGAUUGUGAUGUUGACAAAUCUUAAAGAGGGAGUCAAGAUAAAGUGUACACAGUACUGGCCAGAAGAAAUGAAAGCCAGAGCUUUUGGACAACUUGUGGUCAAAUCUGUGGAAGAGAAAAAAUAUGCGUUUUACGUCAUCAGAAAACUCUCCGUUUCACACAAAGAGCUCAAAAAGUCCCGCGUUGUCACACAAUAUCACUACACCUCCUGGCCGGAUCACGGGACUCCAGAUCCGCUCUGUUUGGUUGUUUUCCAUGACCACGUGACGAGGACAAAACCCAAUCAAAAUAAAGCACCGAUUGUUGUACAUUGCAGUGCCGGAAUAGGGCGGACUGGGACAUAUAUCGCCCUGGAUGCUUUGUAUAAAGCCGGGAAGGCGACGGGCAAAGUCAAUAUAGCGGAAUACGUGAAGACAAUGAGGGCAAAUCGAAUGAACAUGGUCCAAACCUAUGAACAAUACAUGACGGUGUUUCUUGCUCUGAACGAAUAUUUUAAAUCUGCUGUUGACACCCAGAGUCUUAAUCAGUUCAUGCAGAAGGCAGAAAAUUUGGCGGGAGACCAGGCAGCCAACCAGACGACAAUUAGGAAGGAGUUUGAGCUCUUGAUGAAAAUACGACCAAUGUACACGCCAACAGAUUAUAAAAUUGCUAGCCAACACAAUUCGAACAAAAACGGAUAUGAUUUAUUACCACUUGACAAGUACAGCUUAUAUCUAACAUCAUCGGUUGCAAAACGUGGAAACUUCAUCAAUGCCAUCCAUGUCCCUUCAUACACAGAUGAUAGGACCUUCAUAGUGACGAAUUAUCCAUCAGCAGAGGGCGCUGUGGACUUUCUUCGUCUGCUCAAUGACCAUGAAUCCAAUACCGUGAUCUGCAUGGAUCCGUUACGUGAAAUAAAAUCGUCAAAAGCAUGGUUUCCAGAUGCAGGUUCGACUAAAUCCUUGGCGCCUUUUGAGGUGCGUCAUCAGUCUGAAAAAAGCACAGAUGUUAAGAUCACCACAGCACAGAUUUCAAGAGAUGAGGAGACUCCUCAGCUUAUAACAAUAGUAGAACCACAAGGACCAGUGCAGUCUUCCGGAACUCCUCGUGACACUUCGUUUCUCCGAAACUUAGUGUCAUUUGCUCAGAAUCUCUCUACAGAAUACCCAAUCACUGUCGUCAGCAAAGAUGGCGCCAUGCUGUGUGGUGUUUUCUGUUCGGUGUAUAACGUGAUACAACAGCUGAAGAUGGAUGACAAUAUUGACGUCUUUACAGCUGUACGACAACUGCAGACAAGGAGACCAGAAUUCUGUUCUACUCAAGACGAGUAUCUGUUGGUGUAUAGAGCUGUUUGUGACUACCUCGAGGCUACAUCAGAAAACGUAUACUACAAUCAAUAGAGGAGGACGGGGCGUGCUGCGUUGUUUUAAUUUCUCAUUUUAUGUUAGCGUUGAUGAUUUGUCAUUUGAUAUUAACGUUUAGAAAUAGAUUGUUUUUAUCACCCUCUAUUGUAAUUUUAUAGUUUUAUUACGAUUUCGUUGUUAUAUGUAUUUUAUAGUUUAAAAUGUUGAUGUGAGAGAGAUUGAGAAAAUAGGAACGAAUGUAACAAAAUAAAUGAGAGAAACGUUUUUAUGGAAGAUAGGUUAGAAUACGUUCAAUAUUUAAUACACAAGAUCAUGCAUAUUUCACAAUGAGUAUCACAUUAAUAUAUGAUAUAUUCCUAGGAGGAGUAAGCAUCCCCUGGCUAUAUGUAGUACGUUUCUAUGCCAAAAUGGCAACAUAUGCAAUUGUGGAUUGAACAAAAGCAUGAUUUUGAAAGACAAUAUUUCAAUGAAUAUGAACAUUUGACUCUGGUGGAUUUAAACUCAGUAUGUGUGUUUCAGUAUCUCUUUAUCCACUGAGGAAAGAUGACAAACAAACAAAUCGAACGAUACAAUUAAUUCACAAAACAUUUAAAUCGCCGUCAUAUGAUAUGUAUCAAAAUAUUCGUGUCAUGACCCACCUUAUUUGGUAAUUUUUUAAAACCAUUAUAUACUGUUUUGCAAAUACGUAUUUCGCCAAUAAAAAGAACUAUUACAAAUACGA